CUCCUCAGCUGUGCGCAUCCACGAUCCCGCCUCGUGAGAUUCGAACCUAACACCUAUCAGUCUCGCACGCGAGCUCUUAACCUCAUUAGUUCUAUAAUUUCAUUAAUAAAUUAGAUUGUUUUAAAAAAAAACAAUCACCUAGUUUAAGGUCAUUAAUACCAUACUGACUUAUUGUAUAAUUGAAGUCUUAUCUAUUUCCUUAGAUUUUAAGAAGUGAAAAAGAAAAUUAUGAGACAUAACUAUUCGAUCAACUAUUCCUUAAGGGCUAUUAAUUUAUAAUUAAUCCUUACACAAUAUAUCAGAAUGGUUAACUGUGACCUUAACCUUAAUUAAGAAUUACCUAUUAUUAGUUAUUUAUAUAAACAAGAGAUAAUAAUCAUUUGCAUAUGAUAAUGAAUUUAAAGUACUUCUGUAUAACAUUAUAAGUAAAGAUGAAUAGUUGAUAACAAUGGAAUCUAGAACACGCAUUUCGUCCUAUUUGGAACUCGUCAGUUGGAUGUAUCUUCAUCUCCGAGUUGAUGUUCACUCUGGGAGGGACUCAAACUCACUACCGUUCGCUUCAAACGUCAUCACGUAAUCAACUUAGCUACUGAAUCCUGAUAGACACUUCUGUACUGCAUUUUAAAGAUCCACUAGGAGUAUGAUGUCUAAAAUUAUUCAUAUGAUAUUAUGAAAGGUGACUUACCGCUUUCUAGCUUUACAGUGUUAAUAAUCUGUUAAUUUCCAAAUGCGAUGAAUUUAUAUCUUUCAAUGUUAUAAAUUAUUAUGGUGAUUCACAAGGAUUUUAGGAUUGAAGUGUAGUACAUGGACAAGUUUAAAAUAACCUCAACGAAUUUCCAACUAGUUUUUAGCCUAAUAAAAAGACGGCUAUCAUAAAUGAUAUGAAGAGAGUCAAUCAGAAGUAGCAAAUGGUCAAUCGAUGGCAGGCAGAAGUGAUUCGAAGGUUAAAUACAUUCCAUUGGAGUCAAAAUGUGUCAAUUUCCUUAGGAUAUAUGGAUGAGUAUUUGUGCAUUUUUAUUCGGUAGUCCAAUAUACUUUCUUGUUUACUCUUGUGUUCUAGCUCAUUGGUGGGGUUUGCCCUCAGCAAACUGUAUAUCCGUAACAGUUUUUGAACACCGCACAUCACAACAGUAAAUGGAUAGUUUAUGAAAAAAAGAACAGAUUCAAAUUGAAAUGUGCUUAAAACAAACAAUAUUAAAUUCUCAAUGUAGACCUUCGAAAUCAACUGUGAUAUUAUACAAUGGAUAAUCGUUGAUAUCAUUUAAACAAAAGCAUACAUAGAUAGAUAGUUUUUUUACGAAAUUAUAACGCUAUGGAUACAGACGGUGGACGUUUUGAUUUUAAUGAUGGUGGUACUUAUAUUGGUAAUUGGUAUCAAGGUUCAGCACACGGACUUGGUUUAGCCACAGGACCAAAUGGUGUUGGUGAAUAUUCUGGUGAAUGGAAUUUAGGUUUUGAAACAUGUGGUGUAUAUUUAUGGCCAAAUGGAAAUAUGUACGCUGGUACAUGGAUUAAAGGAAAACGUCAUGGUAAUGGUGUUCAAGUGAGAGGAAAAUGGAUUUAUCAAGGUGAAUUUAAUUCAGGCACUUUUGGUCAGUAUGGAGUUAAAACCUCAACAAAUAGUCAAGCAAAAUAUGAAGGUAGUUGGAGUUUAAAUCGAUUUGAAGGUUUUGGAAUUGAAACAUGCGCUGAUGGAAGUAUUUAUGCUGGUGCUUGGUCGAAAGGAUUUCGUCAUGGUCUAGGUGUACGUAAAUCAUUUAUUAGUUAUAAGACAAAUACAUCGGAUCAUUUACCAAAUACAACCAUGAAUACUGAAACUAUAACAACUACUCCUAUCACAGGAACAACAACAACCAUGGCAACAACAACAACAACACCACCACCACCUAUUUCACAAUUAGAACCUAUACAUGACUUUGAUUUCAAUAAUAAUAAUAUUGAUCAAAUGAGAAAAAUUCACUUGAUUAAUCAAUCACCUAAAUUAAAUGAUAAACAUUAUAGUAGUUCUAUUAUUAAUUUACCAUUAAAAGAAUCUAUUCCAGUGAGUCGUAAAGCUGUCAUUGGUAGAGCUAUUAUGCGACGAUUAAAAAAACAACAUUCUGCUAUUGAAUUAGGACGUUCAAUCAAUACUACUACUCAUACUACUUAUACUACUACUAAUACUACUACUACUACUACUACCACUACUACUAAUACUACUAAUAAUACUAAUCCAUUGACUAAUCUAAAUGAUAUCAUGCCAAAUAAAAAACAAAUACAACAAAAUGAAAUCAAUAAUUCAAUAUCCAAUCAACAAAAUAUUGAUUAUAUUAUUGAUUAUCAAUCAGAUCAUAAUCAUAAUAAUCAAUUGAUUAGUGUAAUAGAAAUCUAUUCAGGAGAAUGGUUUCAAGAUCAACGUUCUGGUUAUGGUAUAGCUGAACGUUCAAAUGGUUUUAUUUAUAUUGGUGAAUGGAUACGUAAUCAAAAACAUGGUUAUGGUAUUAUAAUUAAUCCAAAUGGUACAAAAGAUGAAGGACAAUUUCAUGCAAAUAAUUUAAUACAUAAAAUUAAUCGUAAAAAUAAAUUACAUUUAAUACGUCAAACUAAAUUAAAAGAAUGUGUUGAAGAUGCAUUAAUAAGAGCUGAAUUAGCUGCUAAACAAGCUAAAUUAAUAGCAUUAGAAGAAGCAAAAGAAUAUGCAUUGAAAGCUCGUAAAGCAGCUGAUCUAGCUAUAUCUAUUAUACAGAAAGCAUUACAUUUAUCUAAUCAAGCAAGAGAAUUAGCUUAUCAAUUAGAACCACAAUUUCAUCAACCAGGAAUUGAAUGGAGAAGGAAGUGUCAAUAUGAUAUCAAUGUCAUUGACAACUUGAACGAAGUAAAAUCUCCAAAAUUGUAUUCAUCCAAUUCAAAUUUAAAUAUUUCUACGGGUUGUAUACCGACUUCUUCAAAUUUGCCCAUUCCUCAAUCAUCUUACUCUUCUUCUCCAGCAUUAGUAACAGAUCUAACAUCUCAUUUAUCUGAAUAUCAAACAAGUCAACCACUUAUACAUGAUCGUUUAAAACGACAAUAUCCACAACAACAAUUACAAUCAUAUCCAAUGAUAAAACCUUCUACAAAUUCAUUGACAAAUAUACAAGAUUUAAAACAACAGCGACAGCGACAACAACAACAACAACAACAACAUUCUCAAAAAAGACGUAAAUUCUUUCGUAAAUUCUUAUCACGUGACUCUACACCGAAUUCAAUGGAUCGAGUAGAUGAAUCGACCAUGGAUCUAUUUGAAUGUUUUGCAAAUUUGAAUAAUCCACGUUUACAUCAAUUUGUAAAACCGAUAAUAAGUAGUAAUGGAUUACCGAAAGUUCCAGUGCCACCAACAUCAUCAUCAUCAUCAUUAACACCACCACCAACAAUAACAAUAACAAAAACGGAUCAAUUUAUUCGUCCAUUUUCUGCACCACAUAAAACAUUCAUAAAUGAAACAUUAUCAAAUGUUGAAAAACAUAUUCCAAGUAUAACACGAAGUUAUUCACCUAGUGAUAGAUUAAUAUCACCAUUAAAAGAAGUUUCUAAUGAAGAUGUUGAAUUGAAAGGUAUAUCAAUGGAAAGAAAUAUUGAAAUGUUAACUAAACAAAUGAGUUCAUCAACUGGUGAUAUAAUAGAUAUGUGUAAAACGCCAAUGGAUCCUUAUAUAAAUAGUUUGGUGAAUAAAUCAUCAUAUCAACAAUCAUUGAAUCAUUUAAAAUCUUAUACCAGAUCAUCUAAUUCAUUGAAAACUCCUUCUGAAGAAUAUAUUCAUCAUGUUAAGAAAACAAUUUCCAUAGUAACUUCAUCAAUUACUUUACCUAGUACUUGUAUUUCAUUGAAUCCAUUAACUCAUAUACCAAAAUCUUCUUCUUCCUUAUUGAAUGAUUCAAUAAAUAAAUCAAAAAAUAAAACGGAAAUUUCAUUAAUGAAUCAAUUACAAACAAAUUUAAAACAACAACAAAUUGAAGAAGAAGAAGAAGAAGAGGAAGGAGAAGAAGAAGAGGAAGGAGAAAAAGAAAAAAAAGAAAAAGAAGAAAAAAGAGAAAAGAAAAUUCAAUCAAUAAAAAAAUGUAAAUUAUCACAACAAUUUGUAGUAAAUAAAAUAAACAAUACUACUAAUAAUAGUAAUCAAUUUAUAUCAUCCCAUCAUCCACCUAAAUUAAAUAUGAAUUCAACCCAAGAUUCUGGUUAUUUAUCCAUAGAUCCAAAUGAUACAUAUACAUAUUCCAUUGAAACACUGAAUCAUCCUCAUCCUUCUCAUCCUCUUCCUCCUCAUCCUCCUCCUCCUCCUCCUCCUCAUCAUCAUCAUCAUCAUCAUCAGCAGCAGCAGCAGCAGAAGCAUUCUAUAUCCUAUUAUCCCUUAGAAACUAUGAAAAAGGAAUCAUCUAUAAAUAAGCAAUUAAAUAAGAAUCCCAUAACAACAACAGUAGUAUAUAUAUCACCAUUAUCAUCUUCAUUAAAAUCAUUUAGAAUUAGUGAACCAGAUCAAUUAUUCAGAUUAAAUCAAUCAUCAUAUUAUAUACCUUCAUUAUCAUUAUCACCAAAAGCUAAAAAAUUAAAAAUUAAUCAUAAUAAUAAUCAUGAAAAAAUGCCAAUAAAAUCACAAUUAUUAAAGAAAAGACAAAUGAUAUUAGCCCGACGUAAGCUAUCAAUUAGUCCUAAACAAUUGAAUCGAUCAAAUAGUUCUUAUCAUACUGAAGACUCUAAAAAAUUAAAAUCUCAUUUCAAUCAACAAUACUGGAUACCAUUGAAUGCAGUUAGUAAACAAGAUGAUAAUGAUCUUCAUUUAAGACAAUUAAAAGUAUCUUUACCACAACACCAAUUAUCACCAAAAUGUAUUCAUUCAUAUCAAAUAGAUACUAUUGAUGGAAUAGUACCAGAUGUUGAAAGUAUCAGUGAAAAGUCUGAAUUAAGUUCAGUGACAAUUCAAUCAGCACCUUAUUAUUAUCAUCAUUCAGUAUUGAAUGAAUCUGAUCCUAUUCAACCAGGAGAAUGCUCUACAAAUUUGAAGAAGUUAUAUUUUUUACGAAAUGUAAAUCAGUGGGAUAAUUCAAAUUCAUAUGAUCCUAAUCAAUAUCAAAUGCCAAUAGUUUAUGAUGGACAUGAAGAUAAUGAUGAUAAUGGUGGUGAGAAUGCAUCUCCUGUUAUUCUUGGUCCUACUGAUGACACAGAUGAUGACGAUGAUGUUUAUGAAGGUAGUUCAACUUCAUAUAUACAGUCUGUAGUUCCAAGGGGUCAUCAUCAUUCUCUGGAACGAUAUGAAUCAUCGUUGUUGAAUCAAGGAUUACCUGAAGGUAAACAAAUUACGAUGAAUAAUCAUUCAACACCAUCUCAAACAAGAUCAUACCCAAUAUGUCAUUCAAACUAUUAUCAAAUACCUAUCAGUAAACUAUCGCCUUCAUCUUCUUUCAUACCCAAUGAUCAUAUCUAUCAAACAGAUAAUGAUAUUCAUUCCAUGAAUUGUCAAAGAUUUACAUCUAUUGAAUAUAUGAAACCAUCAAAACGUAUUUUAAAUGGAAUACAAGAUUCCAUUUAUAUAGAUCCCUGUGAAAUGAAUAUGAUCAAACAAACAAAUCUCUUUGAUCAUAAUCGUUAUUUUAUAAAUAGAACAAUUGCUGAUAAUAAACAAUUUCAACCAUCAUAUUCAUCAUCCACUUCAUCAUUGACAUUGUCGUCAUCUUCAUCGACAUCAUCAACAUCGUCGACGUCAUCCUCAUCAUCGACAUUAUCAUCAUUAUCUACACCAACAUUAUCUACAGUAUAUACAAAUUCUAUAUGCCCAAGUAAAUAUGUAACUACACCAUUAACAAAUACAAAUAUAUUAUGGAGUCAAGAAAUGAAUCCAUUUUAUUUAAGAAAUUCAAUAUAUAAAGGAUCAUUAAAACAAUUACCUAAACCUAUUUUACAAUCUACCUAUUCAAAUUAUAUAACACAUAGUUUAACAAAUAAACAAUUUCAAUAUUUUUAUCAUAAUCAAUGCAAAACAUCACCACCACAGCAACUAUCACAACACCACCACCAUUACCACCAGCAACAACCACAGCAACAACAACAACAACGACAGCAACACCAUCAACAACAACAACAACAACAGCAACCACAGCAACACCAGCAGCAACAAUCACAACACCACCCCCAACAACAACAACAACAGCAACAAUCGUUUAUAUCGAAUUGUUCAUUAUUUCCAUUUGAUAUAAGUCAAUCUAAAACGAAAUAUUCUACUAUUCCAUUAGAUAAAACAAUAUUAAUGAAAAAGAGAUUAACUACUGAUAUGGAUGUACAAAAUUUCAUUUUUACAAAUAGUUAUCAUACUUUACUUACUACUACUAAUAGUAGUAGUAAUAAUACUCCUACUAUUAUUGAUAACCAUACUACUAAUACUACUACUACUAUGAGUAGUAUUGAUGAAAAAUGCCUUUGUAAUACAAUACAACCUAAUGAAAUUAAUAUGCAUUCAAUAGAAUCAAAUCUUUUUAACAUUAAAGAAGAUAGAUUAUUGAUGAAUAAACAGCAAUAUCAGUAUCAUCAUCAUCAUCAUCAUCAUCAUGAUCGUCGUCGACGUCGUUGUAUAAGUUGGCCAUAUACUUUAUAUGAAUUUAUACCGGAAUUAUACUUAAAUGAAUAUAAACAUACUACUAUAACUACUAUAAAUAGUAAUAACGAUAACGAAUUAAAACAAAGAAAACUGAAAGAUUCAUUGAAUUCAAAUAGAAAUUAUGUUGAUCAUUUCAUUUCAACAAGAAAAACACCAAACAAAAUAAAUGAGACAUAUUUUUCAUACACUAAUCCAUGGUAUUCUUUAAUGUUAAUGAAUACAGUCAUUUUAAUAUUAGUACUUAUUAUAUCAUUAAUUAAUUGGUUAUGGUAUGAAGAGAAACGAAGGAAAUCGAAUAUACCAUCUUGAAUUAUUCAAGUUCCUAUUGAUGGUGAUGACGGUGACACUGAUGAUGAAGACGGGGAUACUGAUGAUGACGAUGGUGAAAAUGAUGAUGAUGAUGAUGAUUGACAAAGGAUAAAGAAAACAUUUUCUUAUACUCCAUAUCAUUAUUGUAACCAUUAAUAUUAUCAAGAUUUUUAUUCAUUUUCAUAUCAUGUUAACAUAUAGAUAAAAAAAGAGGGAAUAAGACUAUUUCAGGUCGAUCUACUUACAUUGAAGGUGCUCAAAGAAUUCCUGAAGUAUAACGCAAAGCGCACUGUAACGAAAACUAUUUGAUUCCAUUCAUUCUAACUAAAGUAGUUGAUAAAGAAUAUAUAUACACAUAGAUAUUAUACAUCCUUGCUUCAUUCAUUAUUCUUUAAUUGUAUUCUAAUUUGUUUUCUAGACAAUCUUUUAUUAGAUUUAUGAUAAAGAUCUAAUUAUUAUUGUAAAAAAUGUAAAACGUUAACUGAAAAGCUUCAUGUAUUAAUUUUAAUUAUGAAUUACAAGUUAAUUUCAUGUUCUGUUUUUCUGAAACGUUGAUUCACUCCUAAUUAUUUUAUGCAUUUGUAUUUGUCUACUGUAAUUAAAAUAAGUAGUUUAAGUUUAAAAAGUAAAAACAUCGAGGUUAGCUAGUCAAUUAUGAUCAAAUUUAACUUGGUAUUUAUGUUUAAUAGUUCAAGUGAACACACUAUAUGUGCACAGUGAGAUGAAAUUAUUAUGAAAAGUGUCAGAAAAGUAGAGGUGGUAAAAGAAGUUAAGCAUAGGAAGAGGAAAAGAUAAGGUCGUGUAAUAAAGAGGUGUAAGAUUGUUUAAAAACACAAGAUCUUAAGGAAGAGAAAGAAGUAAUACAUUUUGAGAUGGUGGAGAAGAUUUGUA